AUGGGAGGAUCGGCAGUCCGGAGUGCUCUAUGUCUUGAAUUAUUAAAGCCCAAUGUUGCUCGGACGCAGAAAGUGGUGCUGCAUUGUUUCACCAGCGCGCAAGAGUACUCAGGACAAGCCCGGCUUUUCACGGAGGCGCAGAAACAGGCAAUCCUGAGGGUCCCGGCGAACAGGCUGUUGAUCGAAACUGACUCGCCAUACUUUCGACCAGCUGGGGCUCAGAUGUGCACUCCAUCCUUUUUAGGGGACGUGGCCAACGUUAUUGCGUCAUAUCGGGAUAGCGAGGUCAGGGUAGUGUGCCAGCUGACCUUGAGGAAUUCCACUCAACUGUUUGGGCUAUAA